UGCACGUAAGAAUAUGACUGAGUUCUGGAAAGAGCAUUCAGUGGAGGCUACAGUAGAAGAGAUGAUGCUGGAUUCUAGUGCCCAGCAAAUCUCACAGCAUGAAAUUCCAGAGAUCCUGAGUACUCUGCCAAAGCUGGGUGGCAUGAAGGUGCUUGAGCUUGGAGCUGGCAUUGGGAGAUACACAAAACAUCUUGUGAAAGUUGCUCGUCAUGUUACUGCUGUGGACUUCAUGCAGAAGUUCUUGGAUAAGAACAAGGAAGAUAAUGGUCACUACAGCAACGUAGACUUUCUUCAGGCAGAUGUCACUUGUCUGCAAUUUCCUGACAAUAGAUUUGAUCUCAUCUUCUCCAAUUGGCUGUUCAUGUACUUGAAUGAUACCGAGCUUGAAUCUCUAACGCAAAGGAUGCUCAGGUGGCUUCAACCAAAUGGUUAUCUUUUUUUCCGUGAGUCCUGUUUCCAUCAAUCAGGAGAUACAAAGAGGAGCUUCAAUCCCACAAAAUAUCGAACUCCAGCAGAUUAUAAUCACUUGCUGAUGUCUGUGGUACAGGAAAACCCAAUGGGUGGAGAACAGUGUUUUGGUUUUGAAAUUGCCAUGACUAAGUCAGUCCAAACUUAUAUUAAGAUGAAGAAGAACCGAAACCAGUUAUGCUGGCUUUUGCAGAAGGUGGAACGCAACCAAUCAGCCAAUCAAGGAUUUGAGACCUUUCAGCAGUUUCUAGACAGCAGGCAAUACUCACGCCAAGGCAUACUAAGAUAUGAAAAAAUCUUUGGUAGAGGCUAUGUCAGUACAGGUGGACCCCACACCACCAAGGAGUUUGUUGAUAUGUUGAAUCUUCAGCCAGGACAGCGAGUGCUUGAUGUUGGUUGUGGAAUUGGCGGAGGAGAUUUUUACAUGGCAAAGGCAUUUAAGGUUGAAGUACUGGGGAUGGAUCUUUCAUCCAAUAUGGUUGAGAUAGCAAUGGAGCGUGCCUUACAAGAAAGCAUACCUUUGGUCCAGUUUGAAGUUGGAGAUGCUACAAAGAGACUGUUCCCUGAUGGUUCUUUUGAUGUAGUGUAUAGCCGGGAUACUAUCCUGCAUAUCAAAGACAAACUGGCUCUCUUCAAACAGUUCCAUUCUUGGUUGAAACCAGGAGGAAAAGUGUUGAUAAGUGAUUAUUGUUGUGGAGAGAAACCCUGGUCUCCUAUCUUUGAGGAAUAUGUCCAGAAAAGAGGGUACAUUCUCUGUACACCUCAGGAGUAUGGCAAGUUAUUGGAAGAGGCAGGAUUUCAGCAGGUACAUGCAGAGGACAGGACUGCCCAGUUUGUUCAAGUACUGAAGGAGGAGUUGCAAAAAUUUGAAGACAUUAGAGAUGAAUUCAUUGAGGAAUUUUUAGAGGAGGAUUACAACGAUAUUAUCCAAGGUUGGAAUGAAAAGCUGAAGCGAUGUGAACUGGGAGACCAGCGAUGGGGAUUGUUUUAUGCUGAGCACAAAUGAAUUUAGAGAUGAAGAGAAUGAGCAGCAUAUAUGAAUCUUGUAGGUCAACUGUCCAUUUGUAAGCACUCAACAACAGAAAAAGCAGAUAAUUUAUUCAAAAACACUGUAGAUCUCGUGUAACACAGCAUAACAUUACCUUCUCAUACCUGAUUAAUCAAAUGGUUAAUUUACUGUAACUUCCAGAGUACAUCUUUUGAAGAUGGUUCCUUUAUGCAUUAAAUACAUGCCUCUUUCUUGUAGAGACCAUACAAGUUGGAUCUCCAAAAGCACUUCCUUUGUGUUUUCUUCACACAAUCCAAAAUACAUAUGUUUUAGACUAAUUGACAAUUUUGAAAAUGGCUAUGUGUGAGUGAGUGGAAUCUUCGGUGGUCUGGUGUCAUGUCCAGGGCUGUUUCUUACUUUGUGCCUAGUGCUUCUGUAAACGGCUGUGACUCCCCACAACCUUAUAUCAUAUUAAAUGGUUUUCAGAAUGUUAUGUUUUGUUAUAUUGCAUUCAUAAAUUAAUAUAUUAUCACAUUCUUUAAAAAUAACGCACAUUUGCAGAAAUGAGCUCAUAGCUUACUGCCUUAAAUGCUGACGCAGAAUUAAAGUUUGCAGAAAGUGAAAUUGUACAG